GGACGCCCCUACCCACGACUCCACAAGCGAGACCUUACCAGCAGAUCUCAAGCGCAUACGUAAAGGCACGCGGAGCUGUGUUGAGUGUGGGUCGCCCUGGAUUAAUAUAUUAACCUACCCGUGCGCUCACCUCGUAAUCAACAGGCCGGCAGCGCAAGAUCCGAUGUCUAUGGGAUCAUCCAGAUGAUAACGCUUGCACAUCGUGUGUGGCACGUGGCCGCGACUGCGUGCCUCAGCUCUAUACUCGCCGUGUUGCCAACACGAGCAAGGUCAGCUCCAAAGACCGCAUUGCACGUCUAGAAGCGCAAUUAGCGAAUAUCACGGCCACUACGCAUGGCGCAAAUGAUGCGACAUUCGGUCAGUAUGAUCCCGCGGGUGGGAGCUCUGCGCCAGUCUUCGAUGACCAGGGCUCGGACACGGACGAUCCAACCAUGCACGAAGGACCUGCUGCGCUUCCCGAGCAUCUACGCUUCUUGUUCGACAACGCCCUCAUAGGGCCGGAUGAGCGCAUUCAGCACCGAGAAGACGACGAAGAAGCUCGAGGUCAAGUCUGCUCCACUCGCUAUGCGGACGCUGCCCGAGCCCGACUCCAACGACUGAUGCCGAGCAGAGACGACGUGGCGGCCGUGUCUUCGUACGCCAUCACCUGGAUGAGUUUUUACUACGAGCUUUUUCCCUCGCCAUCAGUGACUCCACAACGGGGCCACAUGAUGGACAAGUACGCGCACAUGCUCGAGCCUGAUGCGGAUAUCGUGCACAUUGCGUCUUUCCUGUUGACGUUUGCACUCACUGCAAGACAGCUGCCUCAAGGUGGCAACGGAUUGAUUUUGAACGGCUGGAAAGACGUUCAUUCAUAUGUCAAGGCUGUGAUGGCUACCGUCGACGCAGUGAUCAUAUCACAUGCCGGAAUUGCUGCUACGAUUGAGGGCGCAUCUGUAUCCGUCCUGUUCUUGCGCUUGCAGCUCGGUCUCGGACGAGUACGAUCGCUGUGGCUCACGCUGCGUAGGACCGUUGCUCUUGCAGAGAUAGCUGGUCUACCGCGCGCCUGGUACUCCGCUCAUUAUCUCCGCACGAGAACGAGUGGCGCGCCGGACAGCUUGACUCCCGGGUCUGCCGACGGAGUGUACCUGUGGGAGUCCAUUUGCGCAACGGACAGAAUGGCGAGCAUGAUGUUCAAUUUGCCCGCUGCCACUACGACCUAUAAAUUCCCACGCAAACAAAUCGUCGAUGCGGACGGCUCAGUGCGGGCACAGUCUUAUAUGUUCGAAGAGGCUGGUAUCGCAAUGCGCAUAUCCGAACUGGACGAUGGAUAUAUGCACCGAGGGCCCGAAGAUGCCGCGUACCAAAAGGUGUUGGAGUGUGACAGGGAGCUUCGUUCACUCAAGUCUCUCACGCCAUCCAGUUGGUGGCAAGAAGAAGCAGAAUUCCUAUCUGGGGCAAUGCUUGUCCAGUUCUGGCACUACUACCUUGCUGUCAGAAUACAUCUUCACGCUGCAAUGGCCAACGACGCUCACGACCAAUACGCCUACAGCCGUGCAACAUGCUUGGACGCUUGCCUCUCCGUGGCUCGACGGUAUUCCUACCUCCGCCGUGCUCUACCCGCUGGCUUCUUCGUGUGCAGAAUCGUAGACAUGCAAGUCUUCACCGCUGCAAUCUACCUCGUGCUCUCCUCGCACGAACACGAUCCUAUACCAUCCGAAGAAGAAAGCUCAUACAGCCUCUCAUGUGUCGAGCACGUCAUCACCAUCAUGGACCACGUCUCUGCAGGACAAAUUGGCAACGAAUUCCCUCUUGCUGCCGCGGCGACUCUCAGAGCUCUCAUUACCCAUCUCACUCUACCCAAAUCUGCGCACGCUCCUGCUGUGACUUUGCGGAUCCCUCUUCUUGGCAGAGUUCAUGUUGGACGCAGGGUACAGAAUUCUGCCUGCGCCAGCAGCGGCAGCGGCAGCGGCAGCAGCAGCACUACCAGGACGAACCCAAGCGACAUGACACCACACCUAAAUACUGUCACACCAGGAGGAAGCCAUUCCCAAUCUGCAGCAACUGAUCCUACAGGAUCUACAGACCCAACCACUACUGCCACUGCUCCUGCUGCUCUUACAAACUUGAACGCAUACGAUCCUACUACCACUACCGCUGCUCCCAUUUAUGAACCCUGGAUGCAACUAGACAUCAACACAUCAUUCCAAGAUCCCUUUUUUGCAGAAGAAGACAUGGGAGGAGAUUUUAUUGACCCCUGGAUGGUGCGAAUGACUGAUAAUGAUGAGACAAUGAUGUCCAUCAUGAUGGGUGGCGGCGGCGGCGGCGGCGGCGGCGGUGGUGGUGGUGGUGGUAGUGGCGAUGUGGACAUUCUUGGGAAUACGAUGAGAUAGUUUUGAACAUGGGAAAGGUAGCAAAAAAGAAAACUGAUGAACAUAGAUAAUUGCGUGGGUUUUCCAGCUCUAUUGGUCAACUGUCUCAUCGUCAAUGGGGGCAUUCAUUUAUCAAGAUAUUACCGAGAUCUUUAUUUUCUAGACAAGCAAUUAGAAAGAU